AGAGGGUGAGUCGGUGGCAGGUCCUGACGGCCGGCGGGUCUUUGGGAGGUGGUCGUCGUCUUUCAUCCUUGCUCUCCCUGUCUCUGGCUUCCGCGGGGGCGCGUAGGGGGAGGCCGGACCGGGACCUGGAGGGCGGGGAGGCCGUUCCGGACCCCGUGGAGUAUCCCGCUCGUGCGAGUGUCCUCGGCGCAGGUGUACUCUCGGCGCAGGUGUCCUCCCCGGCAUAUGUGUCCCCCCAGGCGCAGGUGUCCCCUCGGCACAUGUGUCCCCACAGGCACAAGUGUCCUUCCUGGUGCAGGUGUCCCCUUAACGGUGUCUUCCUCCACGCCCCAGGCGCAGGUGUCCUUCCUGGCAUAGGUGUACCCCCUCGGAGCAGGUGUCCCUCCUUGGGGCAGAUGUCCCUCCAGGCACAAGUGUCCUUCCUGGCGCAUGUGUCCCCUCGGCGCAGGUGUCCUCCAAGGUGCAGGUGUCCCCUCAAGCACAGGUGUCCCCCCAGGCACAAGUGUCCUUCCUGGUGCAGGUGUCCCCUUGACGGUGUCCCCCCCAGGCGCAGUUGUCCUUCCUGGCGCAGGUGUCCCGCCUCGGACCAGGUGUCCCUCCUCGGAGCAGGUGUCCUUCUGGGCACAAGCGUCCUUCCUGGCCUUUAGGAAGCUUUCAAGGUGCAGGUGUUCUCCAAGGUGCAGGUGUCCCUCCAGCAGAGGUGUCCCCUCCGUGAGGUGCCUCCCAGCACAGGUGUUCCCCUCGGCGCAGGUGUCCCCCCGGUGAGGGGUCCCUCCUGGCGGAGGUGUCUGCCCGGCAGAGGUGUCUCCCUGGCGCAGGUGUCCCCCUGGGUGCUGAUGUUCCCCUCAGUAGGGUGUCCCCCGCUCGGUGGAGAGGCUCACAGCGGAGCCAGCGCCAAGGGAAGGCAGUCAGAAAGGCUCUGGUAGGGGCUGGAGCUGGGUCUCUGUUUAUGGUCUCUGAGUCCCUCUUUGGCUUCUGUGACCCAGAAUCUUUAGUCUUCAGGCUGGGAUGGAAGCCUCUGCGGUGUGUUUUUUAACUCCAGAUUUUCCCUUUUUCCACAUGAGUAGCUUUGUUCUGACUCCAAGGCGAGCUCUGCUUCACAGCUCUCCACUCACAUCGCCUUGGCUUCCACUCACAGCGUGACAGACCUCACUCCAGCCUUAAGAUGGGCGCAGCCACCUCACUGUGUGCCCCAGCAGAGUGGCUGGGUGAUGGGCGCAGCCACCUCACUGUGUGCCCCAGCAGAGUGGCUGUGUGAUGGGCGCAGUCACCUCACUGUGUGCACCAGCAGAGUGGCUGGGGGUCCAUUUCUUGGGUUAUUAUCCAGCCCUAUAAUCAAAAUCAUACAGGCUUUAAUGUCAAUGGGAAUCCUGAUGAUAAUGUCCAAACAAAAUAAGAAAACAAAAGUGUGCACCUACAAAGUCAUAUAAGCAGUGGAAUCUUAGCUUUAAAAGAAACUCAAAGGGAAAAAACUGGAAGGAAACAAGCCCUGUUGGAGGGAGUUGCCCCUGAGUGUCGGGAUUUAAAGGGAGUUGUCCCUGGGUGGUGGGAUUUAAGGGAAGUUGCCCCUGGGUAGCAAGAUUUAAGAGGAGUUGCCCAUAAAUGAUGGGAUUUAAGGGGAGUUGCCUCUGGCAUCUUUGUAUUUUUGUCCUGUCCAGAUUUUCUACGUUGGUAUGCCUAAUUUCAUAAUCAGAAAAUAAAGAGAAAGGAAAGGUUGCAAUGUAGGUCCAGAUGAAAAAGGAGAAGAGAGGUGUCUGAAAGCAUGUGGGCAUGGAGAAUGAAAAAUUCCAGGAGAAGUGCACAGAGAAUACCCCUAGCAUGAACAGUGUGAGGAUUCCACCAGCUUUUUCACCAUGAAGGAGACAGACCGGGAGGCCGUUGCAACAGCAGUGCAAAGGGUUGCUGGGAUGCUCCAACGCCCGGACCAGCUGGACAAGGUGGAGCAGUAUCGCAGGAGAGAAGCGCGGAAGAAGGCCUCUGUGGAGGCCAGAUUGAAGGCCGCCAUCCAGUCACAGUUGGACGGGGUGCGCACAGGCCUCAGCCAGCUCCACAACGCCCUGAAUGACGUCAAAGACAUCCAGCAGUCGCUGGCAGACGUCAGCAAGGACUGGAGGCAGAGCAUCAACACCAUCGAGAGUCUCAAGGACGUCAAAGAUGCCGUGGUGCAGCACAGCCAGCUCGCCGCAGCCGUGGAGAACCUCAAGAACAUCUUCUCAGUGCCUGAGAUUGUGAGGGAGACCCAGGACCUAAUUGAACAAGGGGCUCUCCUGCAAGCCCACCAGAAGCUGAUGGACCUGGAGUGCUCCCGGGACGGGCUGAUGUACGAGCAGUACCGCAUGGACAGUGGGAACACGCGUGACAUGACCCUCAUCCAUGGCUACUUUGGCAGCACGCAGGGGCUCUCUGAUGAGCUGGCUAAGCAGCUGUGGAUGGUGCUGCAGAGGUCACUGGUCACUGUCCGCCGUGACCCCACCUUGCUGGUCUCAGUUGUCAGGAUCAUUGAAAGGGAAGAGAAAAUUGACAGGCGCAUACUUGACCGGAAAAAGCAAACUGGCUUUGUUCCUCCUGGGAGGCCCAAGAAUUGGAAGGAGAAAAUGUUCACCGUCUUGGAGAGGACUGUGACCACCAGAAUUGAGGGCACACAGGCAGAUACCAGGGAGUCUGACAAGAUGUGGCUUGUCCGCCACCUGGAAAUUAUAAGGAAGUACGUCCUGGAUGACCUCAUUGUCGCCAAAAACCUGAUGGUUCAGUGCUUUCCUCCCCACUAUGAGAUCUUUAAGAACCUCCUGAACAUGUACCACCAAGCCCUGAGCACACGGAUGCAGGACCUCGCAUCGGAAGACCUGGAAGCCAAUGAGAUCGUGAGCCUCUUGACAUGGGUCUUAAACACCUACACAAGUACUGAGAUGAUGAGGAACGUGGAGCUGGCCCCGGAAGUGGAUGUCGGCACCCUGGAGCCAUUGCUUUCUCCACACGUGGUCUCUGAGCUGCUUGACACGUACAUGUCCACGCUCACUUCAAACAUCAUCGCCUGGCUGCGGAAAGCACUGGAAACGGACAAGAAAGACUGGGUCAAAGAGACGGAGCCGGAAGCCGACCAGGACGGGUACUACCAGACCACACUCCCUGCCAUCGUCUUCCAGAUGUUUGAACAGAAUCUUCAAGUUGCUGCUCAGAUAAGUGAAGAUUUGAAAGCAAAGGUACUAGUUUUAUGUCUUCAGCAGAUGAAUUCUUUCCUAAGCAGAUAUAAAGAUGAAGCGCAGCUGUAUAAAGAAGAGCACCUGAGGAAUCGGCAGCACCCUCACUGCUACGUUCAGUACAUGAUCGCCAUCAUCAACAACUGCCAGACCUUCAAGGAAUCCAUAGUCAGUUUAAAAAGAAAGUAUUUAAAGAAUGAAGUGGAAGAGGGCGUGUCUCUGAGCCAGCCCAGCAUGGACGGGAUUUUAGACGCCAUUGCAAAGGAGGGCUGCAGCGGUUUGCUGGAGGAGGUCUUCCUGGACCUGGAGCAACAUCUGAAUGAAUUGAUGACGAAGAAGUGGCUAUUAGGGUCAAACGCUGUAGACAUUAUCUGUGUCACCGUGGAAGACUAUUUCAAUGAUUUUGCCAAAAUUAAAAAGCCGUAUAAGAAGAGGAUGACGGCCGAGGCGCACCGGCGCGUGGUGGUGGAGUACCUGCGGGCGGUCAUGCAGAAGCGCAUUUCCUUCCGGAGCCCGGAGGAGCGCAAGGAGGGUGCCGAGAAGAUGGUUAGGGAGGCAGAGCAGCUGCGCUUCCUGUUCCGGAAGCUGGCGUCCGGUUUCGGGGAAGACGUGGACGGAUACUGCGACACCAUCGUGGCUGUGGCCGAAGUGAUCAAGCUGACAGACCCUUCUCUGCUCUACCUGGAAGUCUCCACUCUGGUCAGCAAGUAUCCAGACAUCAGGGAUGACCACAUCGGUGCGCUGCUGGCUGUGCGUGGGGACGCCAGCCGUGACAUGAAGCAGACCAUCAUGGAGACCCUGGAGCAGGGCCCAGCACAGGCCAGCCCCAGCUACGUGCCCCUCUUCAAGGACAUUGUGGUGCCCAGCCUGAACGUGGCCAAGCUGCUCAAGUAGCCUCCGCCGACCUGCCCUGCUCGCCCCUCCAUAGCCUCAGUUCCUGCCCUUAGAAACGCGGGAAAGCCGAUUGCUCUCCUUGGCCACACGUGCUCCUUUCAGCUGCACGGCCUGUCCUUAGGCACCAGUGUGAUGCACCGGGUGUGCGUCGAGUGAGCGUCCUGAGGCCACGUGCGGAGGCCCCUCAUUGUGCUGUCAAAGGCCUGUGUGUGCAGGCCUCUGCCACACAGCCUCUCUCGGGUGCUUGUUUUUUGCAGUGGUUGAAAGUGUGUGGGGCACAGAGGACGUGCACCUCCGUGCCCUCCUCCUCCCUGGGCACCCCAUCUGCUUAAGUGCUCGGAACCCUGUCACCUAAUUAAAGUUUCUCGGCUUCCUCAGAGAAAUGAAAA